GCAAGAUGGCGGAUGAAUUUGUAGUUGCUACGGAAAAGUAUGGAUCGGGCAGCAUAGAGAGAAAAUAUAGAUUUUCUACCGAAAGUGGAAAUAUAGAAAGAAUAGGAAGGAAGAGAGAUUCUGCAGCUACCUCAGUGCAGCAGUUUUUCAAGUCUGCCUUUCUUCCACAAGGCUACCCAGACAGUGUCAGCAAAGAUUACUUGGAAUACCAAAUAUGGGAUACUAUGCAGGCUUUUUGUUCUUCAAUAACUGGUACCCUCGCCACACAAGCCAUGUUGAAGGGUUAUGGUGUUGGGGAUGAAAAAGCUACAGCCAUGGCAGCAACCAUGACAUGGAUUUUAAGAAGUGGGACAGGCAUGGUGGGAAGCAUUCUAUUUGCAUGGUUCCAAGGGAGUAAUUUGGAUUGUAAUGCAAAGAAAUGGAGAUUGUUUGCUGAUAUUCUGAAUGACACAUCAAUUCUGAUAGAGAUGUUGGCACCAUUAUUUAAAACAUAUUUCACUUUUCUGGCAUGUUUAUCAAGUAUAUCAAAGUCCAUUGUGGGUGUGGCAGGAGGUGCCACAAGAGCUGCUAUGACUCAGCACCAGGCUAGAAGGGACAAUAUGGCUGAUGUUGCUGCUAAAGAUGGAAGCCAGGAAACUUUAGUAAAUUUGAUGGCACUAAUAGCUGGUCUGAUCAUCACACCUUUGGUCUCAGGAAACCCUUUCUUAACUUGGACUUUGUUCUUCAUCUUCACAUUUCUUCACCUUUAUGCAAAUUUCCGAGCUGUGUCAUCUGUUGUCAUGGAAACAAUUAGUCUGUCUCGCUUGCACCUUCUGGUCACUGAGUUCCUGUCAACAGGGCACAUAAUGACUCCGCAGGAAGUGGGCAACAGGGAACCUGUUAUAUUUGGUCAUAACACAGGGGAAUGUCUGAGAAUUCAUUUAGGGACAGAAUUUGUUUCUGUCAUAAAUAGUGUUAACGAUCUUGAUGCUGCAUUACCAAACUCUGAAAGCACUAUGUAUAUUAUGAAACUGACAUUAAAUCAAGGAAGAAAUUCAGGUGCUGUUCAUGUAGCAUUACAUGAAGAUUCCAAUGCCACAGAUCAUCUUCAGAGCUGUUUCCAAGCCUGUUCUCUUGAUUAUGUUAUACGCACAAAACCACAUAUCAAAAGGGUUUUUGGUGAUUCUGAUGGAGGUCAAAGAGCACUGGAGGCCUUACAUAAUUUUUGGUGGCAAGAAAGGAACCACUUGUCCGACUGCUCAUGGGAUUUAGUAGCACUAGCCCAUAAUUUUACUCUGCAGGCAUUCCCAGCAUUCCUCAAGGGUCUUGAAGAGGCUGGCUGGGUAACCUCACGGACACAUCUUGGCCCAGAUGAAUGGCGGGCAGUUUGGAAUGUGAGGGGAAUAGAAUUUAAGAAAAGUCUCUAACAAAAUAGAUACAAUUGUUUUCAAACCAACUGUUCGUGUCUGUUAACCAAAAAAAAUAUUGCUUUAUCUCUGUAUAAGUAGAUAGGGAAGUAUGUAAGGAAAUAAAGUAUUUAAUAUGUGGUUGGAAAAUUUAUGGAUAGUUUAAUUAGCAUGUAUUUUAUUUUUUCAUCACAGAAGAGGAAAUAAAAUUAUUACACAGUUUUACCUGCA